UCUACCUCUCCGCCACUACACACUGCAGUGUGUGCGUACUGUGCCUAGCUUUCACAAUUCACAGCGACGGAAGAACGGCAACUUCUCUAUCCAUUUCCCACAUUUCGCUCACAAACAUUUUCCAUCCAUUCUUUCUCUUCCGUUCUGUUAUAAUGCACAAACCAAAAUCCAAACUCUAAAUUAGGAAAUUCUAGGGUUUUAAUUUCAUCAUAAAGCUCUAACUUGUCAUCAAUGGCGUCAAUUAACUUCAAUCCAUUUGGCGAAAACUGGUUCACGAAACCCCCAAAUCCCUUCCCACCCAUCAAUCUCCUCUCCUUCACUGAAUCACUAAACCCCUUCAAACGCCCCAAAACCCUAAAUUUCGCAUCAAUCAGCGGCUCAAACCUCUCCAAAGAACCCAAAAACCAGCCCAAAAAACCUGGAAAAUACAAGCGAAUGUUGGAACGAUUCUUCUGGGAAUGCGAAAACCUUCCCGACUAUCGCCACACCCCAGAGGUCGAGAAAAUUCUCAACGAUGAUCCGGUCUUUGAGAGGAAGGAGAACCCGACCCCAGACGAGCUUGAAGAGAACGAGAAGUGGUGGUCUGAGUUUCGGAAUAGUCCGGUGGUUCAGUUCUUGACUCGGGCCGAAGAGAUUGCUGAUAAGAUCAAUGAAUUGGAGCUGAAGGAGAAUGAGAGCCCGUAUCGCAGUGAAGACGAGAAGCUGUGGAAGGCGUUGCCGAAUGUGAUUGGAUUGGAUGGCCGGCCAAUGCCGCGAAAGGCAAUAAGGACGAAGAAGCAGUCGGAUGAUAAGUUUUGGGAUUUUGCUCGGCAGUUCUUUUUUGGGCUUUGGGGUUUCCGGCAGCGCCCGUACCCACCAGGGAGGCCCAUUGAUGUUUCUCAGGCAAUUGGGUACAAGAAGCUUGAAAAGCGUUAUUAUGAUUUUAUCAUGAGAAGUGGUGGUUGGUACUACAAGGAUCGCUUGGGUCGUACAAGGGGUCCAAUGGAGCUAAUACAACUAAAGACUGCUUGGGGUGGUGGGAUCAUUGACAAACACACUUUCAUUUGGGGUGAGGACAUGGAUGAAUGGGCACCAAUUGGUAUGGUUUAUGGUUUGGAGCGUGCAAUUGCCACUUGGGAAGUUAGACUAGGUGCUGCAGCAACAGCUUUCAUUCACAAACUACAGAAAGGUAUACCUCCUUGGGUUCCUCUCAAGGGUCAUGAAAAUAAAACCUAUAAGCAACUUCAAGAAGAAGCUUAUGAAAGCAAGAGACGUGAUUUGGCUGUGCUGGAAGCUAAUAAUGGUGUCUGGCCUGGUGCAAGAAUUCCCAGUCAUGCCUUGUUUCUCUGGGCUAGUGGCUCUGAGCUGACGUCAAUUUUGGAAGCUGACCAUAUGCCAAACAAAUACAUCCCGAAAGAUCUUCGGCUCCGAUUGGCUAAAGCAAUUCCUGGACUGAGGCCAUGGGAGGUUCUAAGUGUUGAACAAGCCAUGGACCAGAUAACAUAUGGUGGCGAGUGGUAUCGUGAACCUCUUGGUUCAUACACAACUGGUCCUCCAUACAUCGCGGAAUGGAAUAAUGAUGUUAUGAGAAUGUUUGAUAUUUUCUACAACCUCAGUAUCCAAGUGUACAACAAACUGGAACGGACAAUUCCAGGUUUUACGACUAUAAUGGAGAAAGUCCAGGAAGAUGCUGCGGCGAGGCGAGGCAAGCAGGAGGCGAGGAGGGAUGCAAAGAAGAAGGCUGAGGAGGAGAUUGCGCUAUUUGGUCAAGUUAGAAAGGAUCCAUAGUUUGCCAUAGUUCGUCCUUCAUUGAUUGUGUUUUAUCUCCAACAGUGGUGGUUUCAUUUGUAACUUAAAGCUUUUUAGCUUUUAGAUGAAGUUGGAUCAGUUCAGAUACCAGAAACAGGAAGUCUUGGGCGGCAUAGCAACAGAGUUGUACAAAUAUGUUUCUUUAAUUGUAUUUGUACUUAGUUUUAUCUUCAAGCAAUGAUUAUUUAUAGAAAUGUUGGAAUGGGUUUCUUAACACAUGUACUUUUGACAAUUUUUAUUUAUUUAUUAUUUAAUGCCUGCUCAUUUCCGUCU